AUGUUGGUGCAGUCCAUUAAUCGCGUGACCCGCCAUAGGAGCACAGUAUGUAGACAUAUCUAGUAGCUGGCUCAUCUCAUGAAAUGUUGAACGACAUUCUGAAACGUGUUUUCUAUUGAAAAGAAUAACUUAGGUUGGGUUUUACUAUUAAUUACCGUGAAGGGCAAUUUCAAGAUACUUUAGUCACGUCAGGAUGCCGGCUUUUGGGUGAGUUUUCUUCGACCCUCUGCAAUUGCUGCACUAAAAAGAAAUGGCUAUUUGAUCCAAAUACAUAUCUCCUACUCAUUUUUGAUGUCCAUAUAAGCGCAAAUUUAAAUAUUCUCCUUUUAAAUUUUUAAGAUAAUCACAUCCUCUUCAACUUUAUUUGAAGAAACGGUAUUUUUCGAUUUAAAAAAUUGCCAAAAACCGGAUAACUUUGAGCCCAACCUGCGUUUAGAGUUUCCAUUCUGCACAUCAUGCAUUUGGCGUGUAAAGAAAGGCACACAUUUUUCUCUAUUUAGCUUCAUCGUUAAGAGGACAUAAUAUACUAAUCAUGCGAUUUUUAAUGAAUGCAAGUCGUGUUGUAUAUCUCGUAAACGACAUCAAUGAACAAACAGAUAUGAUGCAGUAUGAAUGGACAUUUAACUGUUUUAAUAAAUCGUACGGUAGUAAACCAUUUAAACGUCAAAACAUUCUUAUUUUCAGUAUCAAAUUCGAAGAAAACGUCCAUUGCUAGCAAAGAAGAAUAUUCUUACGCAAAUUUUCUAUAAAACCUGUCCGAACAUCAGCGGAAAACGUACACUAUUUGAGAAGCCCCGUCGUAACGACUGUAAUUAUUGCAGACAGCCGGAAAAGCUCAUUCAAAAGCCGAUGUCGUGGCGCAACCGAACUGUCUUUGGAUCCUGAUGCACGCUUAUCAGUAUUGCAAACCCAUCUAAGUAAUCUUGUCUAGUCGGAAUUUCGGUUAUCAUUUAAUAAGAUAGGCCAGAUGCCGUAAGUGUUUAUAUUUGUGCAUGAAUAUAUGGUUUGAAUUUUACCCGACCUCCAUGCCAGUGAUGCACAUUUUAGGUGCUGCAGGCGAACUAUAAAUUCGAUCGUGCUAAGCGCAUGCACACGCAGCGGAUGGCGUUUUUUCUUCUUCUUUGGUCGGCUGAGAUCUAGGACUUUUCUCGAUGUUUUUUGUUUAAAAGGGUAAAUAGUAUGACAGUCAAGGAAAGGCAUAAGCAGAAGGAUUCGCGGAGUGUGUGUUAUGACACAGGGCAAUACGAUGAGUCAGUGAUUUCCAUCUCAGCGACGCUACUACGUCUAUAACGUAAAUCAGGUUAUAGAAGGAUGGGAAGAGGAUGAUGAUGAUGAUGAUGAUGAUGAUGAUGAUGAUGAUGAGGAGGAGGAUGAUGAUGAGGGGGAGGAGGAGGAGGAGGAGGAGGAGGAGGAGGAGGAGGAGGAGGAAGAGAAAAAUAAGAAAGUGAUGUUCCAGCAAAGAGCAUAG